AUGUUAGAUACUGAUGAUGAUGAAGUCACAAAUCAAUUCAGAUCAGAAAAUAUGUUAUUGGAUGUAUUUCAAGGGGAAAUGAGAAUGUAUGAUACAAAUUUAGAUGAAGAUGAUUAUGAUGGUGAUGAAGCUGAUGAAGAUGAAGGCGAAUUUCAUAAUAUCGAAGAAGAAGAAGAGGGUUUAGAUGACACCAGUUCUUUAUCGAAAGAUAAGCGUAAACAACUUGAACAAUUCAAUUAUAAAGAGUCUACCUCAGACACAACAUCUUCAUUAUCUUUUCUAAGUCGACGUAUAACUCGAAAGUAUGCAAGUGAAUUUAUUCUACCCGAUGAUACACGUGUAGCUGUUAGUCGUCUUGAAGGUAUUUAUCCAAUGGAUAAUAAUGAACAAGUUAUAUUAAGUCUAUCAGUUGGUCAUAAAAACAUUUACACAGGUCAGUAUGCCACAAAUGAUUAUCCGUCAACACCAACACAACCUUCUAGUUCAAAUUAUUGUAAUAAUAAUCAGUUCUCCUCGAGUAGUUUAGAGAAAAUUAGUACACCAACUAUGAAUGUGAAUAACAAGUCUGGUUUAAAUCAUACUAAUACUAUUGAUGACAAUUCAGAUUCUUUAGAAAGAAAAUCACAAAAACGCAACAGUGAAAAUCCAAGUGAAUCCGAUUCCACACAAAUAAUCUCAAACAUUUCAGACAACUCAGUUACCUACAUCUCCCGAGGAUUACAAAUUGUUGAUUACUUGGAGGAUGAUCUUUGGGCUGCUACUAUUUUACAAUGUGAUAACAGCUGUAAUUCAGAUUUACUUAGACAACUAGAAGCUGGAUGUCGGUUAGAACCGGAGGCUUAUAGGAUGGAACGUGUACAAACUGUGAAAAACCGUGAAACUGUUAUCGACUUUCCUGGCAAACCAACAGUCAGAACGAUAGGUUUAAGUCGAACUACAAGUGAGACAGAUUCAAUUGCUACAGCAGUUACUGGAAUAGAUUUAGAUGCUGAAUCGUAAUCGAAAUAAAUUGCAACUUCACAAACAUAUUUUUUAAAUUGUAUUUUUACUACUUUCAAGUAGUCAAAAGAAAUAUGUAAAUUUUUAUGAAACUGACAAGACCAUGUAGAACACUCAACUAAUCUUGUAGUGCAUACAUCCCUAAAAUCCUUGAAUUAUAUUUUGCUUUACAUAGAUUUCAUUAAACUGAGCAUAUAUAUUCCAUACAUUCAAGUUUUAAAUCACUUGCGGUGCCGAUUGAUUGUGAAAUGGAACUUAUUCGCAAUGAAAGCG